AUCCUGCACGCAGCCGCAGUUUUCGGCAUCUGCGCAGACGCGAUUUCCGGCGUCGCGAAAGCGAAUCCCCGUGCCGUGCUGUGCCGGUUUAGCGCAGCAUGCGGGGACUUGCCGAGCGGGCGGCUCAGUUCGGGGGCGGCUCGUGGGCCGUUUAAAUGACGCUGUGGGCUGCUUGUGGCCCAUGGACCUUAGGUUGCCGACCCCUGGUUAAGAGUAAAAAGGUAAAGGGACCCCUGACCUUUAGGUCCUGGCGUGACCGGCUCUGGGGUUGCAGCGCUCAUCUUGCUUUACUUGCUUUACUGUCCCAGACUCCAGGGGUCUGGAUGGUGCCUACCUCAAAGGGCAAGCUUUGGAGGAACAAGCUCAUUUAACACAAUUUGGAAACUAGGUCAGAGCAGGAGUAGUAGUAGUAGUACUAAGGUAAAGGGACCCCUGACCAUUAGGUCCAGUCGUGACUGACUCUGGGUUUGCGGCGCUCAUCUCGCUUUAUUGGCCGAGGGAGCUGGCGUACAGCUUCCGGGUCAUGUGGCCAGCAUGACUAAGCUGCUUCUGGCAAAUCAGAGCAGCGCACGGAAACGCCGUUUACCUUCCCGCCGGAGCAGUACCUAUUUAUCUACUUGCACUCUGAUGUGCUUUUGAACUGCUAGGUGGGCAGGAGCAGGGAUCGAGAAAGGGGAGCUCACCCCGUCACGGGGAUUCGAACUGCUGACCUUCUGAUCAGCAAGUCCUAGGCUCUGUGGUUUAACCCACAGCACCACCCGCGUCCCUUCUGGUUAAGAGUAAUCUAUAGCAUUUUCCCCAGUGCACAAAGGGCUUUAAAAUUAUCCUCAUGACAACCCUGUGAGGUAGGCUAGAAUGAUAGCUGGUUCUGACAAUCCACUUGGUGGAAAUAAACCUGCUUGUGUGAGCAGUUAGGGUGAGUACUGGCACAAUAAAAUCAUUGUAUUUCUCUCUUGGAUGUGUGGGCAGGCUGCUCAUAAAAGUGCUUCUAACAGAAUCUGAGAGGUGGUGACUUGCUCAAGCUCACCUGGUGGCCCCAUCUCAAUGCGAUGUGCUCUGACUGGUAGCAAGACUCUGGGGUCCCAGGGAGACAUCUCUCUAUCACCUGCUGCCCAAUUCUUCAUCUUUUUAACACUGGAGUUACUAGGGGCUGAAUCUGAGACCGUCUUCAUGCAAUACAUGUGUUGAGCCUGUGAACUACUUGUCCUCCUGGUACAAACCUUCACUGGUUUGUACCAAUGGGGAGGACCCAUAGUUUGGUAGCAGAACACACAAUCUGCAUGCAAGAGGUUCUGGGUCUAAUCGAUAGCUGUCAAUGUUUCCCUUUUUUAAAGGGAAAUUCCCUUAUUCCGAAUAGGAUUCCUUGCAAGAAAAGGGAAAAGUUGACAGCUAUGGUCUAAUCACUCCAGCUGCUAAACAAUCAACGAGAGUUGGCAAGAACCAGCUGCCACCAGGGAUGGACUUUGGUAAUAUGGUACCCUGAGCGAAGAAAAUAUCCGAUACAUCUUAUUUCCACAGUAAUUCCUUUUGGUACAGUUGCUUUUUAAAUGGAUCUUCUCAACAGGCUCACUGAAACUUCACAUUAUUUGCAAUUUAUUAUUUGCAAAUAAUUUAUUACAAUUUAUUUGCAGAAAUUAUUAUUAUUGUUUUGGGCCCCUUGGCUCAGUGCCCUGUGCGGGGUAACAGUCUGCACCGCCCUAAAUCUGUAAAAAAAUUUUUUUUUAAAACUCCUCAUGAAAAUCCAACAGAAUUUUAGUGUGGUGCUCUAUACAGCUUUCUGUAUGUUGCUUUGAUACAUUUUUGUAAGAAAUGUUCCCUAAUGAAAUGCACUUUGUUAUUUUCACCAAUAUGUUCAUUUUAAUGCAUGUUUUUCCACAUUUUAAAAAUGUCAGUUGGCUGGAGAACUGCAUCGCAAAAUUCAGAGAAGUGCAAAUUUUGAAGGAUCCCCCUGUUUCAGUUCUGUUGUUUUGUUAGGUGCGAUUUUGCUACAUUUGCCUUUAAAUAUGAGUUGAAUUUAAUCCCUCACCCCUAUCUAGAAGGGACUGUUUCCACUUACAAUACCUUCCAGCUAUACCUAUUUUCUUAUUUUGUGCUGUAUCCUGAAUUUGUAUCCUGAACUGGGGCAGACACAUCCUCCUAAGAGUAAAAGGUUUGCUUUUGUUUUAUUAUGUAUUUUGUGUUUUCAUUUUGUAUUUAUUAUGUUGUGAACCACUCUGUGAUCUUCGGCUAAGGGCAAUAUACAAAUGUAAUAAAUAAUAUUGAUAAUAAUAACCAUCUGGCUGGAGUAAAUAGCGCCCACCCCCCUUGAAACCUGAUUGAAAGCACGGGGCAAACUUCUAAAUCUCUUUCUUUGACUUUAUUUCUACUUUACACCAGGCAAGUUGCUUUGUCUCCAUUUCACCACCCACCAUAAUUUUAACCUGUCUUGUGGGGAGGCUGCACAAAUUAAUUAAUGUUUAUAAAGCACUCAACACUUCUCGUACAAAAGGAGCACAGUGUAAUUAAGAAUGGCUUCUGGAGAAUGUGAGUAAGCGAAAGUCCCCAGGGAUGAGCAAGCCUGCUAUGUUCUACAUCUUGCCCCCUCCGUGUGCAUAAAAGGCCAUGCAUUCCAGUGGGAUUACUCCUGUCUGUUUAACAAUCACCCUCCACAUGGUGUCCACUGGUUUGCCCAUUUGGGGAUGCUCUUUUUGGGCCAAGCUUCCUUGCUCCAAGGCCAUCCUGGAGUGCAGUACUGCAGAGCACAGUAGGGAUGGAGAAAUCUUUCUUUCUCUCUUCCCCCUUUCUAAAUUCAGUUUUCUACAUUUCUGUGCGCUAGUUCCAUGUAUGUGUUUUUAUGCAAACUUUCCCCUAAUAUACGCUUUUUUUGUACACACUGUUUGGCUGGCAAAUUGCAUAGCCAAAUUUGGAGAAGGGCAAAGUUCGGAGGAUAAUUGUAUUUCAGUUCUUGUAUUGGUUCAAAAAAAUGUGGAUUAAGCACUUUCUCAUUUCAAUGCUCACGAAACCAAAUUUCUCCCGCAUCCCAAGGUUUUCAGGGGAGGUAGAUCAAAUUUCUGAAUAUGAAUUAUAUUUUGAAUAUUAAAAAGAACUUCAUAUACAUAGAAAAUCAGUACCUUAUGAAAAAGUUGUAGUGUAGCUCAAGCUUUAUAAAGGAAGAGCAAUAAUAACUCAGUUAUUAUUAUAUAUAUAUAUUAUACCUAGAUCUCUGUUUAGCCUUGUUUCAUGGACUGAUGAAGUCCUGUGUGACAAAACAUAGAACUGAUCACACACAGUGACUUGUAUUGGAACAAUUUACUGCAGUACCACCACCCUGUUGGGAAAUUCCACAUGUUUCGAUUUUUGAGGCAGUGAGUCUGGCAUAAUAAUGUUAAUACAAUAAUAGCCUGCAAGGUGAGCUAUGAUUUGAACAUGUAGUACUUCAUUUUUUCUGAGACAGCUCAGUGAUUUACAGCCUGACCUCCCCUUUCUUUGUGACACAA